ACGUAAAGACCGAUUUACCGCGUUUGCGAAUAAUUUCAAGGCCAGUGAAAUUAGCAUUAAUAAAUUUAAUAAGAUUAUCAAAAAAAAUAUAUAAUGUCGGAGAACAACAAGGAGUUUCCAAAGCCGAUUAAAUUGAUUCCUAUGUUGAUCCCUAAGCCUCGUUACAGUCAUAAUUCCGCGGAUGCUACAACUACGGCCGCACAAAAGUUAAUCCCAACAUUGAGGCCAAUGUCUAAUCAAAGCGAUGCCCAAGCUUACAUUCCUCUAGAACCUUCAACAAGUUCUACAAACGCCAUUCUAAACGAAUCCCUGGUUCACUUGCCUCAAGAACCUGCCACAAACGUUAACCAAAACGAAAUCCAGGUUCACUUGCCUCAAGAACCUCCCAUAAACGUUAACCAAAACGAAACCCAGAUUCACUUGCCUCCAGAACCUUCGGAAAGUUUCACUGCUUCUUUAUUGACUAAUCCUAAUGAAAAAAGGUUAAAACCUGCUAAUGUGUAUAUAUUAAAUCAUGUAAAAUUUGACGAUCGGGAUGAAGAACGCGAGGGUAGUGACAAGGAUGUGGAAAAAUUAACGAAAACUUUCAAAAAAUUUAAAUGCAACGUGGAGGAAAUACGUAACGCCACUUUAGAAACAGUUCAGAUAACUGCAAGCAGAUUGGAGAGGGAGAACUUUGAGGAGCAUUCUGCCUUGGUUAUUGUUAUCCUAAGCCAUGGUACACAUAACGACAUGAUUUCGGCCAGAGAUAAGACGUAUUCGUUGCAAGAACAUAUUAUCCUUCCAAUUUUAAAAAAUCCAACACUGUCCAAAAAACCAAAGUUGAUCUUUGUGCAGGCUUGUAAGGGCGGCUUCGUAGGAUUUCAACCGGACAGCACUUCUGUACAUCCUAAUGCAAAUGAAGUUUUCGUAUUCUACAGCACUUUUGAAGGAUACCUUUCCUGGCGUCACCAUAAGGAAGGUUCUCCUUUUAUACAUGCUCUAUGUAAGUCUUUGAAAGAAGAUGGAGAUACCAAGGAUAUUAAUGUCAUAUCGAAAAGAGUAAUAGAUAUGGUCAAAAACGAUACAAAGGGAAAACAGGUACCAUAUGUUAGUAAAACAUUAUACAAGGAAUACAUAUUCGGACACUAUAUGGAAAAUUAGACGAUUUAUGACUGCCAAUAGCUAAUUACUUUUCAUAUUUUGAAGCAAUAAUAAUGUAAAGCAAAGUCUUAGUAAAGUUAGAGAUAAUAAAU